GUGGCACCGAUCAAUGCGACCUAUCGGUGCUCUGACGACUGAUCCAUUGACCGGAAUUGCUUCGUGCACUAUGUUCGUCUCUGCUCAUCUCUCGACAAUUUUACAGUGUUUUGCAGGGUUUCUUAAGGGCGGUGCACUUUUGCAUAGAGAGAUUCGCAAAGAAUCUGACAGGGAGGGAUUGAUCAGAUUGAAAUUAGAAGGGAAAUGGCGAAAAAUACAAUGACCAUGGUGGUUCCCGUGGAUUCUGCCCACCGGCUUGACGAGGGACGACUAUUAAGUUAUUUGCAAACACAUGUCAAGGGUUUUCUGCCUCCGCCUGCAUCCUUAAAGAUUUCUCAGUUUGGACAUGGACAAUCGAAUCCGACAUACCUUCUGCAAGUGGAACUGAAUAGGUGUGUUCAGCGCUAUGUGCUUCGGAAGAAACCACCUGGGCAAAUUCUCCAGUCAGCUCACGCUAUUGAGCGCGAGUAUCAGGUCUUAUUUGCAUUGGGUGAAGGCAAAACCAAAGUGCCUGUUCCAUGUGUAUACUGCCUGUGCACAGAUUCUACAGUGAUUGGCACUCCAUUCUAUGUUAUGGAGCACUUGGAGGGACGUCUGUUUGUGGAUGCGACUUUGCCAGGUAUGGAUCCCAAAGAGCGAAGGGCAAUAUAUGGUGAAAUGGCCAGAGUUCUGGCUGCUAUUCAUGCAGCAGAUGUUGAUGCCAUAGGGUUGAGUCGAUAUGGGCGCAAAGAUAAUUAUUGCAAGAGACAGGUUGAAAGGUGGACUGCACAAUACCAUCAAUCGACAGGUAAAGGGAAACCUGAUCCAGAUCCCAACAUGUUAGAAGUCAUUCAAUGGUUACGAGAGAAUAUCCCGGCAGAGGAUGGAACUGCUGGUUCUAAGACCGGAAUUGUGCAUGGAGAUUAUCGGCUUGAUAAUCUCAUAUUUCAUCCUUCUGAGCCUCGUGUUAUCGGUGUCCUGGAUUGGGAAUUGUCAACACUUGGAAAUCAGAUGUCAGAUGCUGCCUACAACUGCCUGCCCUAUGUGAUUGAUAGUGACGAGCUUCCAGGCAAAAACAUUGGUUUUAGUAAACAGCUUGUAGAUGGAAUACCAUCGCUACCAGAAUACGUUGCUGAAUAUUGUAGUGCUGCUGAUGUUUCCUGGCCAGCAAACACGUGGAAUUUCUAUACCGUCCUUUCAUUGUUUCGAUACGCUGCCAUCUGUGCUGGAGUUUUUUUGCGUAUGCUUCAGGGCAACGCUUCUGGUGGUAAACGAGCAGAGGACGCAGGGAAAAUGGCGCUAUUCUUUGCUGCGACUGCGUUGAGAUUGGCUAAGCGAGGGCCAAUUUUACCACCUCGACCUCCUUCUGCUUCUCUAGAACUUCCUGCAAGGAGCACUGGGCCUGACAGUUCUAGUCAGAAUCUGUUGGGGUUUGCUCCUUCGGCGAGAGUACAGGAGCUAAGGAAAAGGUUGAUAUCCUUUAUGGAACGACAUAUCUAUCCAAGUGAAAAUGAGCUUAAUGAUCUUAUGUACUCUAAUGCUAGGUGGACCAUUCAUCCAACCGAAGAGAGGCUUAAGAAGUUGGCCAAGUCAGAAGGGCUUUGGAAUCUUUGGAUACCGGCAGACAGUGCUGCUCUGGCGUCGGAUUUAAUGUCUGAGACUGAGAAAGCUAUGCGUUCUAAAGAUUCAGCCGAUCGGCUAGUAGGAGCGGGACUGAGCAAUUUGGAGUAUGCCCACUUAUGUGAGAUCCUAGGGAGGUCCAUGUGGGCUCCUCAAAUAUUGAACUGUAAUGCUCCUGACACAGGAAAUAUGGAGGUCUUAUUACGGUACGGGAACUCAGAGCAGCAAAGAAAGUGGUUGAGGCCAUUGCUAGAAGGAGAGAUACGCUCUGGAUUUGCCAUGACUGAACCCAAUGUGGCAUCUUCUGAUGCGACUAAUAUCGAGUGUUCAAUGGUUAGAGAGGGAGACGAGUAUAUUAUCAAUGGCCACAAAUGGUGGACUAGUGGUGCAAUGGAUCCACGAUGUCAGUUGCUUAUAGUGAUGGGUAAAACGAACCCAAAUGCUGCUAUGCACAAGCAACAGUCUAUGAUACUUGUAGAUAUCAACACGCCAGGCGUGAAAAUUGUCAGGCCACUGUUAGUUUUUGGCUUCGAUGAUGCUCCCCACGGCCAUGCCGAAGUUAAGUUUGAGAAUGUUAGAGUCCCUGUCACCAAUUUGUUGCUAGGCGAAGGCCGAGGAUUUGAGAUCGCUCAAGGUAGAUUAGGCCCAGGGCGUCUACAUCACUGCAUGAGGCUAGUGGGCGCUGCAGAGCGUGGCAUGGAUUCGAUGGUGAAGAGGGCAACUCAGCGAAAAGCAUUUGGCAAGACCCUUUCCCAGCAGGGCUCAUUUGCCCAUAUGCUAGCCAAGUCUCGACUAGAUAUUGAGCAAACUCGGUUGCUUGUUCUGAAUGCUGCUCAUCAGUUGGAUUUGUAUGGCAAUAAAGUCGCCAAAGGUGCAAUUGCCAUGGCAAAGGUUGCUGCCCCGAACGCUGCAUUGCGAGUACUGGACAAUGCUAUUCAAGUUCACGGAGGUGGAGGCGUGAGUUCUGACUUCCCAUUGUCACACUUAUGGGCAAGCGCGCGUACUCUCAGGCUAGCAGAUGGACCAGAUGAGGUUCAUCUUGGCACCAUUGCAAAGCUCGAAUUGCAGCGCGUAUCCAAGCUUUGAUGCACGCAGCGUUUUCCGUCCUGGUCGAUCUACCUGUAUUCCAAGAUGGGCUUCGACUUGCCUCACUUUCGAUGGAAUAGAUAUAGUUUACUAAGUCUAGUGGGGCUCUUCUGCUCUGUAAGCCCACAAUCAUGUUGUAGUACUGGAUGAUAAUAAAUGCAAACGUUGAGAAGAUUUUUAGUCUA